AUGAGUCUACAUGAGUCUUUACUUGGCAGAAGCUUAACUCUUCCCGAAGUGGUAGCGGAUAUUGCAGGUGGUGUAAUGCUGGUGCACAAGUGUUCGACUGGUGGGUCGGAGGCGUUCGUGAUUGAAUGGGAACAGUAUGAGGAAGACGAUAGUGACCAGAUUCGUAGUGACCAGGUUCGUAGUGGCCAGAUUCGUAGUGAUCAGAGUCGUAGUGACCAGAGUCGUAGUGACCAGAGUCGUAGUGACCAGAGUCGUAGUGACCAGAGUCGUAGUGACCAGAGUCGUAGUGACCGGUUGAAAUGUAUACUGGUGAUGCAGUGGGUAAAUGGCUGGUUGGGCAAGGCCAUGUGUAUGCCUAAACUACUGGUCAUUAAGAGUAAACAUCACGUAGCUGCCGUGGGAAGGUUUGUUCGCAAGUUUUGGCAACGAUUAAAUGAACCGGUUAGUUGUUAUGCUCCGGUAGCUGGAUUCGAAGAUGACAUUGCGUGUGAUCGGAUGUUUGUAAUUCUACGUGCCUGGGUGUUUGGUGUUCCGGUUAUUGGAGAAUACUUAGCCAAAUUGAUAGACCGUAGUACUUGUCGAUGCAGUAUGGUAUCUUGGUGUACCAGUUUCCGGAAAGACUUCUUAAGUUAUGGCAUUGUUUGGUUUGCAGCUACUAUCCUUACCCUGUUAAUUCCGGAACUGGUCGCCCCGGGCUCGGUUCUCCAACUGUUGUUUAGCCCUUCCGGUUUGAGCACGUUUAUGAGAGCCUUGUCUGAGGGCUCUGUUGAGGGCUUGGCAAUCUGGAGACCUGACGCAGUGUUAUCGCUAUUCAUAGGAUACAUUUGUGUGGUGCUAACACAGAUGGUGUUGGUCUAUAUUGUGUUACGGUACAGCCAUACAACCAGAGCGAGACAUAUCGCAGGACCGAAUGAGAUUCUUCUUACAAUAUCAGCACCUGCGCUAGUUACUCAGUUGGUAGCCUUUGCUCAUAUUAAGUCCUGUCUGGAUUUCUGUGUUCCGGAAUCGGAGAUAGGAAAGAACCUUGGCAUUCUCAGCACUUCAAAAAAUGAACCCAAACUUGACGCUAUCUAUCCCCGUGCCGAUGCAAAGAUAAGCGCCACAAAAAAACCAAUAGACGAGCCAAGGAUUGAACCAAGGAUUGUUUUGAAAAUGGAUGAUAGUGUUUCUCGGAACAAUAGACGGAUACAGGAUGAGUAUGUUAAGCGAGAGAGUCGGAUACAGGAAUUCUUUAUGAAUUGUCCUGUUCGUAAGAACAUCCCUGACGAACUGGGGUUUUAUCUAGAGAAUUCUGGCAAGCUUGCUUCUUUAUCGAAGUCGGUGUAUCACGUCCCUCAAAAAGGCAUAGUCGGGGUACAUCCCCGUCGGGAGACGUUUGAUGAUUCCGAGGUGGAAGAUGAGUUCCCUGGGACGGCAUGUUUCUUGGUGGUGUUAGCUCAAACGUGCGAGUGGAGUUGGUUAAGUCGGUUCUUGAUGUACGUGUUACGACCGCGGCUGUUUGGUAACAAACAUUUUCUGCAUUACAAUCGUGAGCAGAUCCUGGCUCUUAUGGGCUGCAUACCGCCUCGUGCGCUGUCACCAUUGGUGCCUAAAGCAUUGUUUUCCCCGGAGAUUGGGCAUUUGGUGUUCUUCGACGAACAGCUUAUUGGAGAUACGGUUCUGGCUCGGGUGGAGAACUUGCUGAGUGGGGCUAUCUAUAUAGCAAGAGGACUCCGUGAGCUUUUGUUGGCUAUACCGCCUUCGACCGGCGGUAUUUUGCUGGAUAGAGGCGUGCCCAAAGACCGGGAAAGCGCACGCAAGCAGUUGUCGACCUGCCGUCGAGAUAGCGUGCGAAAACUGGUGGAGGCCGGCAGACCCGCCAUGAGCGGAAACGCCAUGAGCGGAACCGCCAUGGGUGGAACCGCCAUGAGCGGAACCGCCAUGGGUGGAUUGGCAGGGAGAGCCACACCGCUGGCAAAUGGCCGACAGACUGGACUUGUGCUGGGAUCGGAGCUCCGUAAUAUCCUAUGCUUGGGCCUCGAACAGAGUCUUGGCAAUCAAUUCGGGAAUGCUGCCAGUUAUCAACAAAUUAUGGUUUACGUCCACGCUGAUACACUCUCUUCCCAAGACAGAUUAAUACUCAUCGCUUGUCUUAAAGAAUUAAUUCUUCAUGUGUUACUCGUAGUCCGACAAGCUGUCGAAACCGUACAACUUCUCACCCUCCUGCGACGACAGGCACAGAGACAUACACCUGUCCGCGUGUCGAAGUUCUAUAACCAUCUCAACUCCUUCCAGCUGGACACCAGGGAGAUUAGCAACAAACUUAGAAACUUCAAGGACGCUCUACACCAACUCAAUGCCGUCCCCUCAAACCCUCCUUAUAGUGUCAAAGAACCUUUAUUCGACCGCUACUGCAAACGCCACGAGCAAUUUCUGGAGAGCGCGAGUUCCAACUAUUUUCACUGA